AUGUAGGACAGUUAAAAAUCCGUUAGAAUUUUCUCCCCAUUAAAAUGUUCGCCAAAGGAAAGCCCCGUAUUCCGCUGAAUAGUCAGGCCAAGUUCAAGAGUCAAUUGGUCGACAAUGCUUCGCAGUUUAAUCUCAGCUUUCCAACGGCCGCCGAUCUCGCUCGCAAAAAUGGUAGCCAACUUAGGCAAACCAAGUUAACUAUCUGCCAGAAGGACAACAAGCUUAGAUACGAAGGAUUUGUCGAGCAAAAACCUCGGCCCAAGCAGGAGUUUGUCUACGUACCGACUCCAAUUGUGGAGGAGAAGCCCCCCAAGGAGGAGAAGGCUCCAACAGGGUUGCCAAGUUCGCCAAUGUCGAAGCCAGGACGGGAUUUAGUGAGCUUAAUCGGACGAGUGGAUUUCUGCCUUAAAAUGCAUAAAAUGUAUCCGGAGUUGAAUGCCAUUUGGAAUGUUUAUGGAAAACUGCUCCGCAUUAUUGAGGGAAAGCGCGGAGAGCGAACCCUUUUGGUCCGUAACGAAGGCUCAGGGCCCAUUAUCCAGGGCAUCUAUUAUGAUUUCGAUGGCAUUUUAAAGUCAUGGACCCCAGGCUGCUACAUCCAUUUGGUGGGUCAGUUUAUCGGCGACAAUCGUAUGCAAACGUUCAAGAUCGCCCAGGUAAGCGACAUUGACUGGGAUCAGCAAUUCAUGCGCCUAGAGAAUCUAACCACAUAUAUUUUAAUGCAAAACAAUGUGCAUAAGUAA